CCGCUCGGCCCGGUGGACAAGUACCGCGUGCGCAAGAAGUUCCCGCUGCCGCGCACCAUCUGGGACGGCGAGCAGAAGACGCAUUGCUUCAAGGAGCGGACUCGGAGCCUGCUGCGGGAGUGGUACCUGCAGGACCCCUACCCCAACCCCAGCAAGAAACGCGAACUGGCGCAGGCCACCGGCCUCACUCCCACACAAGUAGGCAACUGGUUUAAGAACCGGCGGCAACGCGACCGCGCCGCGGCGGCCAAGAACAGGUUAGUGGCGGGGCGCGCGGCCUGGCUACUGCCUCGGCGGCCGGGGAAGGGAAGAGGGGCUGGGAUGGGGGGCAGCGGGGCUCGGUACCGGCGGCCGCCGAACGACGGAGAAGCCGCGACUCCCCGGCCAAGGGGCUUUCCUCGGGGUGGAGAGUGUGCGUGUGGCCCGAGCGCCCGCAGUCCCCGAUCCCGACCCAUGGGAGUCUUGGCCGCGGGCGGCACCGUGCCCGCCUCCCCAGCCCUGCCGCCGGCUCGGCGCUCCUUUGCAGCCUAG